AUGAAGAACAGCAACUCUUAUAGUGCUUUUUCAAUUACUGCAACUGAUCGUUUAAAAAUGUAUAAUGAAUGUUUUACUCAUUUUAGCCAAUUAUUAUUAGAAAUCGGUCAGAGAUUUAAACCGUCAAAAGUUCAACAAUCACUUGUUGUUUUAUUCGAACCCGACUAUCUGAUUCAAAACAAAGAUCAAAUUUCUAAACCUAAUUAUGGUCGCCAAGAAAUUGAAUAUCUUUUGAACAAAUAUAAAAAUCUUUCUGAUUUUAAUAUGUUUCAAUGUCGUAGUGAAUGGGAAAUCAUAAAAAUAUCAUUAAAAGCUACCGAUGACUCAUUUCGAGGACGGUUCAAAAAUGUUUUAACACUGUUAUCGAUUUAUAUAAUAUCACCAAUUAAUUCCUAUGAACGUGAACGUGGAUAUUCAGUCUCCAAUCGUAUUCAAACAAACGGUCGUUCAAGAAUGAUGAUCAAUACUCUUGAUGUGUUAAUGAAUAUAAGAUUACUUUUCCCACAUGAUUUACAAAGUGAUAAAUGUCGGAAUAUAAUCGAACGAGCUUAUAAGUCAUGGAAUGGAAGAGAUAAAAAUCGUCGAAUUAGUCGCACAAAAUUAAUUGUUGAUAUACCUGAUGACUAUAUUCCAGAAAAACAAGCCCGUUUCACUCAUAAACAAAAACGACACGUUUCAACAAAUGAUGAUUGUGCAAUUGAAUCAAAAAAACAAAAAGUUAAAGCUAUUAAAUGUGCCAAUCGUUGUGGCAAAUGUAUUGCGGCUGAUGAUCCAACAGAAAUACAUGCUAUUCAAUGUUGUCAUCAAAAUGAAUAUUAUGAUUGGGUUGAAGAUAACUGUUCCCGGUGGUUAUGUAAUACUUGUCGAAUUAAAUUAGGAAUUUUAACUGAAUCAACUACAUGGUUUUGCGAAGAUUGCAUCGAUAUGCAUGAAGAAGAAUAA